AUGAUAAGUUUCGAGGUUCCGAGUUGGCUCAUUUGGCAUUAUGAUAUUGUUGGAGCAAUUUCAUUUAUUAUAAAUAUUUUUGCAAUGUUUUUGAUUGUGACGAAAAGUGGAAAGAAGAAUGAAUUCAGGUUUUAUUUGAUGUAUUCACAGGUAAUUUUGAAUUUUGAACAAAAAAACUUGAAAUUAGAAUUUGGCUCGGAAUAUUGUUAUGACGUGGCAACUCUUUUUCGCCAAUUUUUUAAAGAAAUUUUCAAAAAUACAUUUUUUUUCAAAUAUAAGCCUUGAAACAGUGAAUAUUUCUGUUAGAAAACAUACCUGAUUGGAAAAUUUCCUAUUUUCAAUUGAAAAUUUGAUUUCAAAAAUAUCUCUGAAAUAUUUUCUGGCUCAUUUGUUUUCUGAGAAUUAUUUUUCCUGAAAAAAAUAAUUUUUCAGUGAAUGUUUCCUUUUUUGUUUUGAAAAUAACGAUUAAAAUGAGCAAAUUCAGCUCUAAUAUGAGCAAUCCUCCCUCAAAUCUUCAACUUUCUUUUUUGCAGUUUUCCUGUAUAAUAUUUGAUCUACAAAUGUCAUGUUUCAUGCAACUUUGCCCGCUUUUUCCAAUUGUCGCCGGAUUCUCAAAUGGAAUUGCAUCAAAAUAUCUGAAUAUUUCCACGCAUGUUCUAAUGUGCCUCGUUUUUCUUUUUGUAAAUAUGCAAAUUCAUUCGCUAACAAUGUGUUUCAUCAAAAAACAUCAAACAUUGGUCAGAAUUGGUAAUACAAAUGAUUUGGGAUUUUGGAGAACUCGAGUGAUUUAUGCGGUUUGUAUUUGUUGGCCGGUUUUUGCGUCGGGUGUUUUUUAUAUGUGUGAGUUGGAUAAAAAUGAGCAAUGGAGGCAGAUUAAAGAGGUUAGUUUAUUGGAAAUUCCUAUAUUUCAAAGAAAAUAUAAAUUUUUUGAAACAGUGACAUUUUUUUUCAGAAAAUUAUUUCUAAAUGUUGCUCUCGAAGGAAAAAUUCACUGUUUCAAAGUUUAUUUAAUAAAAAAUUAUAUUUUUAAAAUUGUUACAUGCUCUGAAAAGAAAGUUUGACACUUUUUCUCAAUUUUCUGAUUUUUUGUGUCAUAAAGUUGAAAGUGAAUUAUUAUUUCCUGAAAUUCAAUUUCAGCUGCCUUUUUUUUCAAGUAAACAUUUUUAUGAAUUUAAAAAAUUCACUGUUUCAGAUUUUAUAUUCAUUUUUUUCUCCAAAAUGUUGAAUGAUGGAAAAUAUUUCGUUUUUCUGAUUUUUUCCAGACUUUUUUGAGUCGUGAUCUGAAAUUUUACAGUAGUCAGAUUCAUAUUUCUGAAAAUAAGUUUCAGCUGUCACAGAAGUGAUGUAAAAAUGUGAAUAAAAUGAUUUUUUGUGAAUUUAAAAAAUUCACUGUUUCAAAAUUUUUAUAAUAAUAAAAAUUGUUUUGGAAAAUUAUUGAGUUAUUGAACGAGACUGUAAAAUAAAUACAAUUUUGAAAAUAAAAUUCACUGUUUCAAAAUGUAUACUUGAAAAUGAAAUGGUUUUAGAAAAGUGAUUUAUUGUUUGGGUAAAUUUCUAAUUUAAAAAAUGCACUGUUUCAAAAUUUUUAUAAUAAAAAACGUUGUUUCGGAAAAUUGUUGGAUUAUUCAUCUGGAGAAAUAUAAUUUUUAAUGUUUCAAAAAUUUGAUUCUAUUUUUGGAAAAGACUCCUGGAAAAUUUUAAUGUUCUUAAUUCAGUAGUGAGUAAAUUACUUAAAUACACUUUCAAAAUUCACUGUUUCAAAAUUUAUAUUAAAAAAUGAAAUGGUUUUAGAAAAGUGAUUCAUUAUUUGGGUAAUUUUCUAAUUUAAAAAUUCACUGUUUCAAAAUUUUAUAAUAAAACAAUUAUUUUGAACAAUCGUUAUUAUGAUCAAAAAAGGCCGAAAAAUUGACUGUUUCAAAAAUUAUUGUCGAAAAAAUAAUAAUCAAAAACUUUCCAGCUCUACCCUUCAUACCUCUCCGGAUUUCAAAGCCUCCGCGAAUUCACCAUCUACGAUGAUCGCAACUAUUUCACACUCUUCGCAAUGGUCCAAAUCCUUUUUGGUUAUUCAGCCGCACUUUUUAUAAUUCCACCAAUCGCAAUUCAUAUGAUCAAUGUUCUCAAUCAAAACAAAAAUCAAACUUCAGCAAUUCUAAUGAAAAAACAUCGUGCAGCAGUCAAAGGUCUAAUUGCACAAUUUUCAACGUGUCCUUUGACAUUGAUCCCAAAUGUUUUUGCGAUGCUUACCGUGGUUACGAAAUUCGAAAAUAGCCAGCAAUUUAUUUAUUAUGUGAUUGUUGUGAUGACAAUUCAUUCGAUGACAAAUUCAAUCGUCAUUAUUUUCAGCUAUCCAGAUUAUCGAAAUUAUGUUCUAGAAAUUCUCAAGCUUCGAAAACGUGUAACACCGAAAAUAAGCCAAACAUUUUUCGUGAAUGUUUGA